CGCUGCGUCAUCAGACUUUUAGCACCUUAAAAUCUCCUGGUUUGGUGUCAGUAGACUCCAGGAGAUAGGGCCUGAUUCCAGAAGACUCCCGGUGAAACCAGGAGGGUUGGCAACCCAUCUGCAGACCCACCUUGGUCCAACUGCAGCAUCCUUUUCAUGACUCAACCUUCUGGCUGUGCCACCAUCUGUGUUUUCCCCCUUCCGGGGGUGGAAUAUCUCAGUUCUAUAGUCUAGCCACUUCCCCAAGUGGUGAAUGGGGGGGACGCAGGCCUGCCUACUACUCGAGGUCCCAGCCCAGGGACCCUGCGGAUCACAACCUCCUGCUGUGCCCCUUUAACCUCUGUCUCUGCUGCUUACAUUCCUGGCCCACUUCCCCAUGGCCCCAGCACCUUCUUUGCCCUUUUCUCAGGGCCUCAAGCCUGCAAAUCCAGCAGCCAACCAGAAGCGCUCUCUAGGUCCCCCGGUCCGUGCUAGCAGCCACUCUGUCCAAGAUAUUGACCUCUUGCAGUCCUCUCUCUUGGAUUCCCUGCAGAAACUAAUCCUGUUCUGCCCUGCAGCUCCCUUUUAGGUAAGCCUGGAGCUGGGGGGUUCAUCACUGGUGAGUUGGAAGGCAGCAGGUACUCUCUCAGUGCCUCCUGCCAAUGUGUGCAUCUCUUGUAGAGGCAGUACAUGAUCUGGUUACUCAGACCACAGUAUUACUGACUUCACUCACCAGUCUCUAGAGUAUACCUGGGACUUGGCCCUUAGCAGAGCCCCUCAGUCUCUGGGGAGCAAUACAGGAUACCUCAGUGAUGAAGCUACCUGACUUAGUGUAGAGGGAAGAUGGUUCUGCACAGAUAGAGGUGGUGCUGGUACAGUGUCCUGGUGCUCAGAUAUCAAAGCAGACUCAGGUUUAUGUUUUGAGGAUUUCUCAUUCGAGUACCCCAAGCCAGCCUUUUGUCAGACUAUGGGAGUCUCUGGAGGCAUUCCCUAUGAAGCCCUAUGAAGCUUGAGAAGACAUCUGCAGGCAGAUCUGACACUCCUGCACAGCAAGCCCAACUCCAAGAUUGAGGUGCAAUGAAUGUGAUGUGACUGACAUCAUUCUGCUGCCAUGGAGCUGACGAGCUGUGGAAGGGUGUACACGUGGUACUCCAUCUACAGGUAGUAGCAGAUGUGUCCUCCCUGUGCACCAAGGAGUGCAAGUGAGGCAUUGCACCAAUCCUUGGCACAAUUCUUCCUCGAGCUCCCACUAGAGUGGUGCUUCUUACCCUCACUGCAGGGCAGUGCCUAGAAAGGUGUUCCUGAACCCUUUGUUAAACUGAAGCAGUAUUUAUGCAUCAUGACUCACCUAAGAUCUGCUUUCAGAGUUGGGAAAGUGGGUGCACCUCCUAAUUUUGUGUAAAACCUGAAAUGUUGAACACAGACCAUAGAACAAAAGGUUUCUACUAAGGGCAAAUAGUACUUACAAUAAAUUCAAAGCUCACAUUUCUUUGGUGGAAAAAAAAGUCUUGUCUUUCCCAAUGAAGGGAAGCAAAAGUCAGUCUUGUGAUGCUAUUGCUCCAUUGUGCUACAUCACUUGAGGAAUCAGACUAUUGGAGGGAUUGCCUAACUACCCUGUUUUCUCUGAUUUCUACACAUUGGAAGUCUCUGCUCAUCGAAAACUCAAGAAUAGAAUAGCAAAGGGUGUAGCAGGUCAGGAUGACAUUGCAUUAACAGUGACCUUGCACAGUGUCAUCCCACAUCUGUCUGUCAGUAGCUGAUGUUAGUCCUUAAUUUUCAUGAAUAUCAUAUUUACUUACACACACAUUUCUACAAGGAACAAAUGUGCCAAGACCCAUUCAAAUGUAAGAUACUGAAAUCCAGAAGGAAGGUGUUUGCUGUGAUUAUCCAGAUCUGAAAGUGUAUUUCACUAGCUUUCACCAAAGAACAUAAGUUUCUAAUGAGUAAAGUGAGUAAAGCUUACUUCAUAGACAACCAGCACAUUUCACUACAUUAGAAAUACUUUGAAAUGUUGACUUGUAGGAGGAGGCGGAGUUUAGCUCAGAGGUACUGUGGGUAGGACUCAUUCAUAUCACAGUAUUUAAGUUUUGGCAUGCGAGAAAGAGUUGUCAGAGUUGAAGGUCUAUUUCUAAAGGAUAAAUCGAAGAGUGGGGGUGGUUUUUUUUUUAAUUUAAGAUGCUAGCAGUUGAUCUUCAGAUUCUUCUUGUAAUAAUUUUGGGGACUUCUGAUUGCCAGAUAAUCCCCAGGAUUGAAAAAUGUGGACUCUCAUGUUCUCAGGGCUUUCAUUGUAAAAGCAAACCUUCCACUGGUAUUUUUAACAGUUUCUGCCGUGAUGCUCCUGCCUCUUUAUCUUCUACCGUAUUGAAAAACAUGAAACUCUCAACAGCGAUGAAGUGUGUACAGGGAAGCCAAUGCUCUCUUCACUUAAGCAUUAAAGCGACCCUGAAUCUUGAUGAAAAUAUUCGUGGUCUGGAAAUCUGUUCUCUCUCAGCGGAGAUGCAGCACUCUCAGUGUGUGAAUGUGAGAUUUUCUAGAAAAACAAGCAACAAGCUUCUUGGAAGGAAGGUGCAUGUGCAGUUUAAUUGCUUUGAAGUCAAUGUAGCACAACACAUCUAUGUGACCAUGAAAACAAUACCAAAUUACUGUGAAGUCAAGUUGAGUCAGGAGUACUAUGUUGAAGAUUGCAGGAACAAUGAUGUGGGAAAACAUAUUCCAGUCUGUUUUGCUGGGAAGUUGGAUUAUAAUGUGGACAGGGCGAGGAAAACCAUAUCUGUGAAUGUAUCAGACUUUCUUCAAGACCAAGACUAUUAUGUUCGUUUAUGUCACAAAUGGUUUACCUGUGAAGACGUGGGGUCAUUUGCUUUGAUAAAAGGGAAGGAGUCUUUGAAGUCAACUUCCUUGCAAUAUUCCCAGUUACUGCCUUGUCUCUGCAUUGAGGGUUGGUCGGCGAUCCCAGAUGCAAGGAGGACACAACUUUGCCCUUUUAAAAAUGAUACAAAGGCACUGUGGGAUAACAUUGUAUAUAAUCCAGCCACACAAACACUAGCCUGGGAACCAGCCUGUCCUGUGCACGUCACUGUUAACCUGUGCAGGUUAACAAAGUCGAAUGACCAAUGUGUAGAUCUACAAAACUCAUCAACUACAGCUCCAGAGAAAGUAAAAUAUUCCCGCGUAGACACUCAUCCAAGACUUUGCAUGAAGUUUACAACCAAGCAAGGCUCUUGGGUUAGAUGCCCAUUUGCUCGUGGGAAUUUCCCAGCUUGGAAAAUGAGAAUUGCUGCUGGGGCAGAACAGAUACAAGUCUCCUUCAUGUCACAAACCAAAGCACAAUUUUCAGUGCUGGUGUGUAACAAGGCACAGCUGUCUUCAUGUGACUCUGUUGGGAUACGCCACUCAGUCUCAGCGGGUGACUCUCAUCCCACAUCUGUCAAUAUUUCAGGUGAAAUAUGUGGCUCACAAGUUUGCAUUCAGGGCUGGAGGACAGAUGUAGAUUAUUCUGUUCCACUACAGAUCUGUGAUAUCCAAUGCACAUUAUCUUCCCGGAGUCAAGAAGAUGAUGAAAACUCCAUAAGGAUCAUGUUGCUGACAGCAAUAAUUUUAAUCCUGGUGACAAUGAUGGCUCUCCUUGGACAUAAAAUUUUAACAGUUUUUCACAGAAAGAAGCAUGAAGGCAGAAGUCCAGCACAGAUCAUAAGGCAGAGUUUUUCCACUAGAGUGAAGAGUACCUCUUCCUUGCAUUGAUGAUGGUGGCUGGUGAAUUUAGCAGAACUCUUUCAAGAUCCUCAACAUGCUUCUCAAUAUCAGGUUGACUUUACAUGUUACUUGCAAACCCUUGUACACACGAGUAGUCCGUUCUCAUGCAAACAGACUUUGGUAGGAUUAUUCACAAGUGUAAAAGGCUUUACAAGCUCAGAGUGUAACAUUUUAACUUCUUCAAAUGAGGGAGUAUCACAUAGUCUGUUUGCCUAUAUCUCAAGAACAGAAAAGGUUGGUUAGAUCAUGUGGGUAGAGAAUCUGGCCCACAUUUUCCUGUGAAAUGAAUGGUUUAUUUAAGAUGCCAGAAGUGGGCAGGUUUCGCACCCCAGUUGCUGUAGUAUGGGUACUUCAAGAUUUACACAUUCUUCCUUUUAAAUCUUCCUUUUAAAACCAUAAACCUGAAUUACUAAGAGGUAUGGAAUGGAAGAGAUUUUAUAUAAACCUCUAGUGAACUGAACCAUAGCGUUCUUUAUUUUCUGAAGCCUUUCUGAUAAUGUUAGAGCAUUGUGGCAAAUCUUGCCAUAGACAGACUUGUAUCCCUGAAAUUCUUCUCAGGUCUAUCUAAUAACUGCAUUCAGUAUUUUAUAUAUUGUAUUUCUUUGAGCCAAAGGCAUUUUUCCUUUUGUUUUAUUUUCUGGAAAAAAUGGAAACAUCUUCAUAGCUUUGUUAAAUAAUUAAAAUGACAAUGUACAUUUCCUCUCUAAGGAACUAGAUCCUCCUCCCAUUAAGUUAAUGGGAAAACCCCCAUUGACUUCAAAGAGAAGCAGAUCAGGCUUCUGGUUUCUUGGUUGUUUAAAACUCUUACAUGAAAUAUAGUUCUUAAGAAAAGUAUUUUGUCAACAUAAUGAAUUGAAGUGUUUUUGUCUUGUAUUAUAAUGCCAAUAUUUAUACUUGCAACUGAAAAUAAUACCACACACUAUACAAAA